ACAUGGUAAGCUACAUGGUUGUAUGUUACUUAUAAUCAGCAGGUUAGUGGACAGUUUUUAUUCUCACCUAAUGAGCUCUCUAAUCAACCUGGAUGAGAAUAAGCACUACAACAGGAUUUCGACCUCAUUGCUAUUUCCAAACUCCUAACAUGACAGUCUCCUGUGGACAUGCGUCAGGAUUCAGAAUUCUCUAAGAGGCAUGAAUGGGACAGCAAUUGAAAAUUUUGUCUGUGUCAUUUUUAAUGUUUCCUUCAUGAAUUGCACUUGGCAUGUGGGCAGGAAUGUUUCAGGAGAUACCCAAUAUUUUCUGCACUGGAAAACCUCAAGGAAAGAAGACUUCACAGAAUGCCAGAAUUACAUCAAAGAUAAUUAUGGAAGGCACACAGGAUGUAGAUUCCAAAACGUGACAAUAGAAAAUAAGGCAGCUUAUUUCCUGGUAAACGGUUCUAGAAAUGCACAAAACAUUCAGUCAUAUAAGAAGGUGAUUUUCCUGUACAAAAUUGAAAAACUCACCCCUCCAUCAAAUGUCACUGUGAACUGUACAGAAGCUUCUCAUGGUUGUGAAAUUCAGUGGCAACCACCUCGCACAAGUCAUGUGAAAAGACGUGAUUGUUUCAAAUAUGAAAUUGUCAUAGAAAGUAAGGCUGAUCCUGAGAAAAACAUCAGAAACACAUCUAGAACAGAAAGCAGCAUCACAGGAAACUCCUACAUAUUUGGGAGCUUCAGCACAAGAAAAAGGUACAGUGUCAAAAUCAGAGCAACUGACAAUGGUUGUUUAGUGAGCACCAGCUGGGGAGAGUGGAGUACACCUGUAGAGUUUGGAACAAGCCAACUUACAUCUGCUUCAUCAUAUAUGUUAUCUCUGAUAUCAGUGCUGCCAGUAGGCCUUGUACUUUUUCUCUGCUCAGUAAGAUCUUAUUUGAAAAAAGCAUCUGCUAUAAUACCACGGCCAAGAGACCCAUUCUAUGAGCUCUGCCCAAUAGAUUUCAAGACAGAAUAUAAGAAUCAGUCAAUAAUGCAUGAAACUGAAGAAACAAUAGUAAUUAUUGAAGAAGUGACAUAAAGGCAUGCAAGAGAAAGAAGCAACCUGAAUUCUUUCAAACAUGUAUACCUUUUUGAUAAAACACAGCACUGAACCAGCUACUUGAAGUACAUUAACUCUAUCUACCCCAGCUUCAACAAGGACAGCAGCAAUUUAUAGGUUUCUCAUAUUUUUUCCCUCUUGCAAACAGAGAGAAUGACGUUUCUUGUAGAUGUAAUUCCCCAAGAACUUAUCUUUAAAAGCCUCUCUCUAUUUGACUGUAUUUUCCAUUAAUAAUUUUGGUUGUUUGGACUAUUUUUGGUUUUUUCUUCUGUCCAUGUUUCUGAUGGGGUAGAGUUAAUUUUCUCCCUAGUAGCUGGUGAAGUGUUGUGGUUUGGCUUUAGUCUGACAACAAUGCUGAUAACACACUGAUGUUUUGGUUGUUGAUCAUUAGCACUUACCCUGAUCAAGGACUUUUCAAUCUCUCAUGCUCGCCAGUGGGAAGGGGCAAGGGAAGCCAGGAGGAAGCAGAAACAGGACACCUGAUCCAAACUAGCCAAAGGGGUAUUCCAUACCACAGCACAUCAUGCCCAUUAUAUAAACUGGGGGGAGCCACCCAGAAGGCCCAGAUAGCUGCUCGGGUUGGGCUGGGUAUUGGUCAGCCACUGGUGAGCAAUUGUAUUGUGCGUCACUUCUGUUUAUUGGGCUUUUUUCCUUUCCCCUUUUAGUUUUAUAUUCUCUCCCCUCGUUAUUUCCCUUAUCAUUAUUAUCACUAUUAGUAGUAGUACAUUGUACUUUGGUGAUUAAACUGUUCUUAUCUCAACCCAUGGGGUUUACAUUACUUCAAUUCUCCUUUAGAGAGGGAAAAGUGGGGGGGUGAGUGAGCAGCUGUGUAAUAUUUAGUUACUCACUGGGUUUAAACCAUGAUAGCAUUUUUUGGCGCCCAACAUGGGGCUGGAACAGUUGAGAUAAAAACAGAUCUUUUAUUUGCUCUCAGAACUGGUCAAGCUUGGUCUCAGAUUUGCAUUAUCUAAUACCUUACUUUCAGUAUGCUUUCCCUCCAGUGAUAUUUAUCAUCCAUGGGACCUGGACUAAGGCUCUCACUUUGGUGUGCUUUAUAGUAAUGGCUUGUGAUACGAUAGAAUUGCUGGUUGUGAAACCGAUCUGGUAUGUGUAUUAAGCAUUGCCAUCACCUCUAUAUUUUUGGAGCCAUCUAAUUGAAACUAUUAAUAAUUAUACCUUUUGCCUUUUCUCCUUGGAGGGCCAA